CAAAUAUAGGCCAUACUGCCGGGUUAUAAAGCGUUCACCAAUUUGUGUAUCUGAGCUCUGUGUCUAUCUCGGUGUCAGUCACCAGGUUUAAUCUAUGAGACAGAAACAGAAAUAACUUUGCGGUCAGCUGUAUUUAAUAGGCUGCAAGUCGUUUCUAUUCUUACCUGACAGACGUCCGACGACAUGGCUCCAACACUGUUUGACCACUGUGCUCAGCCUGGGGACCUCAUUGAGAUUUCCCGUGAUACAUAUCAGCACUGGGCUGUCUACAUUGGUGGAAAUGAAGUCAUUCAUUUAAUCCCUCCUGAUGAUGACCACGGACCUUUUGGUGGUAUGUUGACGCUCUUAAAUUGCAGCACGGCGCAGGUGAGGCGUCAGAAGAUCUGGGAGGUGGUCGGCCAUCACAGUUUCAAAAUCAACAACUUAAUGGACGAUGAGUAUGAAGCUCGUGACCCUCACACCAUCGUGAAGGAGGCCUGUAGCAGGGUGGGUCUGGAGCAGCCGUAUUCGAUCACGUCUCACAACUGUGAGCACUUUGCCACAGAGCUACGAUACGGAAAGGCAGAGUCCAGACAGGUGAAACUAGCAGCUGUGAUUGGAGGCGCAGCUGCAGUGGGUGUUGGUCUUAUAGCUUUGGGUGCUUUUAUUGGCAGCCUGCUCAAAGAUGAUGACAAAAAAGAGAGGAGACAUCACAAGUGAGGUGACGACAAUGAGAAUGCAAUUCAUAUCAAAUUAAUUUCGAUGUAAAUGUUGUUAAUCCGUUAAUAAACUUUUUGCAAAAUGAAAAA